UCUGCAAUCCUCCAUGCCGAUAUCUUAACAAUUCAAAUAUUUCUCCUAACAAUGUCGUCUGACGAAGAGUACUCCGCUUUUCUCGAGAAGGCGAACCAAGACACAAAUCUCACCAAGGCAGAUAUAUCCAACCCUGCUACCAAGGGAGGGGCGCCGGAUGUACCGCAGGCCCUGCUCGAACUUGACGAGUAUUACGUAUCAGACUCCGAUGAGCCAUUCGAGCCUUUCAGCUUUCACUGGGACGGACCACAUUUCCCAUCCAUCGAGGAAUUCAAAAGCCUUAUAGAUUCACAAGCAGAAAUUACGACGCUCGAUGCUGGCGAAUUCGAUCCUAGAGGCUACUAUAAGAAGGUGUUGUCUGUGAUUAGCGACUUGGGCGACGGCGAUUUGAAAAUAUAUCGGGUACAGCACGACAAUAUUAGAGCGGAAUACUUUAUUAUGAGCCGUAUUCCAAGCCUCUCAAAAGUCAUAGGUGCGAAAGCGAGAGCUGUUGAGACUUGAUGAUCAGACACCCUGCGUGCCUGCCUAGCAGACUUCUUCGUGCCCAAGCAUACAUAAAUGUUGAGUUCCUACGGGACUCGGCGCUAGCAUAAUGACAUUUUCGUCGUUUAUGGUAUAAAAUAGGUUUCAUAAGCUGUACCUACACGGCCUUGAUGGGCGACUGCUAGCAUUCGUAAAGAAGCUUGGAAACUCUUUCCGUAUAUCUACAACAUCUGUCGACGUUCGGUUCGUUCCGUGAUGUCAAGCGCCACAAGAAAUAGUUGCAUCCC